AUGGGAGGUUCAGAUGAGGCGGUGGAGCCCCUUUAUUCAACGGGGCCGCCACAAGAGCAGCGGCGCCACCACCGACAGCAGCAGCAGCAGCAGCAACAGCAGCAGCAGCAGCAGCAGCAGCAGCAGCAGCAGUCCUUUCUCCGCAGCAGGAUCAGCUCCAACUCAGUUGGGAGCAGGCAUAGUUAUCCGUUGCCGCUGCUUCGCCCCCUCACGCAGCUGCCGCAGCUGCAGGAAAACCCGAUUGCCCAGCAGCAGCAGGGGCAGCAGCAUCAGCAGCAACAGCAGCAGCAGCACUACGAGGACCUGCGCCAUGGCACCCUCGGAUCGUCUCCAGCGCAGGCGGGGGAUUUGCAGCAGCAGCUGCUGCUGCAAACCACGCUCUUGCGGCACCAGAGCUUCAGCCCCUCUAGCAUGAGCAGCAGCAACCGCCUGCUGCAGCAGCAACACACAGUCCGCCAACCUUUUGCUGCUUCUCCUUCAUCAACAGCUUCGGCUGCUGCUGUUGACGCUGCUGUCACUGGAGCAACACCAGCAGCAGCAGCAGCAAGAUACAGUGGAGCGAAGGGGGUCGAGCAGCAGCGCGCUGCAGCAACACCAGCAGCAGCAGCAACGGCCGCGGCAGCAUCAGCAGCAGCAGCAGCAGCGCCUCCCAAACUGCACUCUCUAGACGGCCCUGGUCUCCUGCAGCACGCAGCACCAACAAGUGCUGCUACGGGAACAACAGCAACUACUGCAACAGAGACAGAAGCACCGCCACCAACUGUUGCUGCUGCUGCUGCUGCUGCUUCCACUGCCACGCAGCAGCAAACGACACCAACCUCACGGGGGCAGCAAGGACCGUUGCCGAAUUCUAGAGCAGGUGCACCAGCAGCUGCAGCUGCUGCUGCCACUGCUGUUGCCUCCCCACACCUGGAUUGCACGACGCCCUCCUCCAUGCAGCAAAAGCAGCUGCUGCAGCGGCAGCCGCUGCAGCAGCAGGCUUCCCUGCAGGCUUCAUCGAUGCAGCAGCUGCCUGUGCAGCAGCAGCAGCCUCUGCAGCAGCAGCAGCCUCUGCAGCGGCAGCAGCUUCUGCAGGAGCAGCAGCAGCAGCUUCUGCAGGAGCAGCAGCAGCAGCCGCUGCAGCAGCAGCAGCUUCUGCAGGAGCAGCAGCAGCAGCUUCUGCAGGAGCAGCAGCAGCAGCCUCUGCAGCAGCAGCCGCAGCAGGCGGCGGUUCGUCCGUCGUUGCCUGUGCCUGCUGCUGCUCCGCCGCAAGUUUGUCUUAUAGGGCCUCGGCUGCUGGCGAUGAGGAGCCCUUGGGGGCUUUCAACUUCAGGCGUGCUGCAGCGGAACGGUAUUAAUGAAUUGCUGCUGUAUUUCUCUGCUUUGCAGUCGCUGCUGCUGCCAGCAAGAUGGGGAGGCCUCAUGCCCCUGGGAGCUGCGGAUUGCCGUGCUGCUGCUGCUGCUCUUCCUGCUGCUGCUGCUGCUGCUGCAGCAGCAGAAGGCCUCGCGCGGGCUGCCGCUGCAACGGAAACGCCCAUCUCAUCGCCACCGGCACCGAUACCGUGGCAGCAGCAGCAGCAGCUGCUGCUGCUGCUGCCGCGCCGCUUUCUGCAGCAGCUACCUACAGCAACCGAUGGAUCUUCUGGCCUCACGCAACUCAACGGGCUGUACAGACACCUCCGCAGCGCGAUUCUGAAGCAGCAGCAGCAGCAGCAGCAGCAGCAGCAGCAAUGCGCUUCUGUGUGGGGGGCAGACGACUCCCUCGUGGCGCAGGCAGCAGCAGCAGCAACUGCUGCUGCUGAGAGUGCUGCUGAGUUGGGGUUACAAGCGGAAGAUGCUGCAGCGUGGCCUCCUGUUGCUGCUGCAAUUGCUGCUGUGGAGGCUACAGCAGCAGCAGCCGCUGCUGCGGCCUCUGCGGCUGCUGCUGCCACUCUUUUUCCGUUUGCUGCUGCUGCAGUGGACGCUUGCGGGAGUUCUAUCGGUGGAGCUGCUGCAGGGAGCCCAUCAACAGCAGCAGCAGCAACAACAACAACAGCAACAGCAACGGUAGCAGCAACAGCAACAACAGCAGGUGGCCCUGUAGCAGCUACUGGAGACUCCAGCAGCAGCAGCUUCGAAUCAAAGCGCCGUGAGGCCCUGAGACAGUUGGGGCGUCUGUUGGCUUCGCCACCUGUCAUUGUUGUAUUUGAUAUAUAUCCCAGAGGCAGCAGCAACAGCAGCAGUAGCAACAGCAGCAGCAGCACCAGCAGCAGCAGCAGCAGUAGCAGCGGAAGCAACGUGCGGCAAAGCUCAUGCGCCCGCGGCGGCUUGCCGUCCUCUCCACCUAUUAUCAGCAGCAUCAACACCAGCACCAGCAGCAGAAGCAGCAGCAGCAGCAGUUUAGCUGCAGAGUUUGGGGAGGCCUUUGGGUGGCAGAUUCUAGAGUUCAGCAUAACGGAAGUGGGGGCCCCCCCGCUGCAGCUGCUGAUUGAUUUCUGCUCUUCUCUUCGCUUCUGGUUGCAGCUGGAUAGACACCUGAACUUAGCCGUUGUGAACAUACACCCCAAGAGCGGCUGCGGUGCUUUGCUGUUGCUUGCAUGCGCUGCAAUGGCAUGCGGCAGCAGCACGGGAGCAGCAGGCUGGGCUUCGCAGCAGCAGCUUCUUAAGAUGCUGUGCAACGCGUCCUUAGCAGCUCAAGACUGUGCCUAUCCUCCGGCAGUACUAAAGGCGAGCAGCAGCAGCAGCAGCAACGGCAGCAGCAACAGCAGCAACGGCAGCAGCAACAGCAGCAGCAGCAGCAGCAUUCAGAGGGGAGGAGGGGUGCUGCACUGGAAGCCUGCUGACCGCUGGCCGCCUUCUUGCCGCCGCUACCUGUCCUACUUCGAGAGUCUGCUGCGUCAAUCUUCUGGCAGAAGCCUCGGGGAGGAGGCAGCAGGCGCCAGACAGACUGCUGCUGCGGGUGUGGAGGCGCGAGUUGUGCGUUUAAAGAAUUUGUUGGUGGACCACUUUGCUGCUCCUGCUGCACUCAUUGCUGUUGAGGUGUACGAACUCGCCACUUGCUGUUGCUGCUGCAGCGGCUGCUGCAGGAAAGACGAUGCUGCCGAGCCCGUAGGCGUCCUCAUGAGGCACCUCGCUAAGACGGCAGAAGCAGCAGCAACAGCAACAGGAGCAGCAGCAACUGCAUCGCCCGACCGCUGUCCUCUCGCCCCCCCUAAACUUCAGCUCUGCAGCAGCAGCAGCAGCAGCAAUGGCUUGGAAUUGCUUCCUGCGGCUGCUGCACAGAAGCUUCACGCCCAGCAGCAGCAGCAGCAGCAGCACCUUCACCCUCAGCAGCAGCAACAGCACCCGCAGCAGCAGCAGCUGCUGCAGCAGCAGCAGCAGCAGGAUGGAGGGAGCCGGUCGCAGCGGAAGGGCCUUGCGGGCUACUGGCUGAAGCAACGAGCAAGUGGACGGCCGCAGCAAUCUGAGGGAUCGAAGGGCGAAGAGGCGCAGAGCCACCCGUACCUGCAGGCGUUGCGGCAGCAGGCGCGGCUGGUGCUGGAUUCUCCUGCAGCAGCAGCAGCAGCAGCAGAAACAGCAGCAGCAAUUGAAAACGCAUGCAGCCCAGAUGAUGUGCCCCUGCUGCUGGAUCCUGGGGGCCCCCUUGGCCACCUUGGGGCUUGCUGCGAGGCUUAUGUCUCCUUGCCUAUCUCUGCUCCUUGUCUCAGCAGCAAAGGCGUUUGCUGCUGCUCUCCUGUGUCUGCACCUAACCUCCUGUCGUGGGACGGCUCUGCUGCAGCAGCAGCAGCAGGUGCUGGUGCUGCUACGGCGGAUGGUGGCAGCGCCGUUGCAGCAGAAUGGCCAGGAGAUGCAGCGGAAUCAGCAGAGGGUGCAGAAGGUGCAGGGACUGCUGAAGAGGCUCUUACGGCGCUGCAGCAGCGACAGCAGCAGCAGCACAUGCAGCAGCGAAGGUUGCAGCAGCAGCAUCAGCGCGAGCUACACUCCCAUUUUGCCCUGCAAGCCUGUGCACAGGACUACCAGCUAAUGGCUGCAGAUACGCUUCCGGACGGGUCUGCGUCAGCAGUAUUUGAUUUCGCGCACGACCGCAGCGGCAGCAGCAGGCAGCUGCUGCUGUCAGGUGAUGUUUUAAUUGUGCUGCGGCAGCUGGCUCCUAAACCUCGCCCUACCAAAGAUACGGGAAGGCAGCAGAACACGCAGCAGCAGCAGCAACAGCAGCAGCAGCAACACAUCUACGCCGUCUACGCCCUCCACACAGGGUUUCUGCCGGCGGAUCAGUCUGUGGUGGAGCUGCAGGUGCAGGACAUCGACUCGCCUGUCCCGCUGUCGCAGCGUCUGCGUUUGUCUUUGAUUUUUGAACACGUGGAUGAUGUCUUUAGAACGAGCAGCAGCUGCUGCAGUCCCACCAACAGCAGCAGCUGCAGCAGCAGCAGCUAUAGCGACGGCCUUAGCAGCAGCUCCUGCAGCAACACCAGCGGCGCAGCGAACAAGUGCAACCCACCCCCAUCCUCAGUGGGCCGACCAGACGCUGCUGCUGCUGACCUGUCGCCUACUGCUGCUGCUGCUGCUGCUGCUGCUCCGGCGGAAGCAGGUUCCUCUGAGAGGCAGCCCGUCUCUAGCAGCAGCAACAAGGUUAGCAGCAGCGGCAGGUCUCUGGUUGGGGGGAUUGUCUCCUCGCUGCUGCGGUGGCAACAGCCGAGAGAGCCCUCUGCGGAGCAGCACACGCGGCAGCACCAGCAGCAUGAACAGCAGCAGCAGCAGCAGCAGCAGCACCUGCAACCACAGGAGUCGCAGCUUUCAGCCUCCCAUCGCCUGAGCACUUCCAGCAGCGUCAGCCUUACAGAGGCCUUUGCCCCGCCCCCUCAAGUGCCUUCAGAGGCAGCAGCAGCAGCAGCAGCAGUAGGAACAGCAGCAGGAGCAGCAGCGGCAGCAACUCUGCCGCGGCAUCUGCACAUAACGAGGCGGCCUUCACCAAGCAGGAGAGACUUUGCUGCGCGACACUGUCUCCAAUUAGAUCCUCGUCUCCUACUGAUGCUGGUGGAGGCUUCAGGCUGCAGCAGCGACAGCUGCACUGUGGCUUUGAAGCUGUGCAGCAACAACUUUUGUAUGGCGCUAAGUCUGGUGUCCUAUUACUUUGCUGCUUCCGGUUCUGCUGCUUCUGCUGCUCUUCAUUCCACGCGCCUCCUGCAGCACGCCCUUCCUCCACCAUGGCUGCAGCAGCAGCAUCUCCUGCACCGGCAGGUCUCGCACUAUCUGCAGUUGAGGCGGCAGGAGCAGCAGCAGCAGCAGCAGAAACAGGAAGAGCUGCUGCAACUAGACUUGCCUCCAUCGCCCACUGUAUAUGCAGCAAACAUGCCGCAGCAGCAGCAGCAGCAAAUGCGAAGAGCUACCCCGGGUUUAGACUGGGAGGGAUGGAGUCAAGUGGGCGCUGGUGGAGUUGUAGGCGGCUCUGCUGCCGCCUCAGCAGCAGCGGUGCCGCAACUGCAGCAGCAAUGGAUGCUGCAGCAGCAGCAGUCUCUGCUGCAGCAGCGCCACCCAUUCACCCCCAGUGGGCCCCAUCGGAUCGCCCCUGUGCCCCUGAGGCCGGGGCAGAGCCGCAGGCCCCAUCCUGCUGUUGCUGCUGCUGCUGCCCAGCAGCAGCAACAACAGCAGCAGCAGCAGCAGCAGAUCCAGCGUUUCAGCACUGCGGCUUCGCUUAACAAUGGAUCUCUGCAUGCAGCUAUUGUCUCUAGAAGCAGCAGCUUCGGCGGGGUCUCCUCUUUCGGGAGUGCAGCGUACAUGCCUGUCGCACCACCACCUGCUGCUGCUGCUGCUGCUGAGGGCGCUGUGGCUGGGUUGUCCCCGUGGGAACCUCAAACGCUCCAGGUAGAGCAGCAGCAGCAGCAACAAAAACAACAACAGCAGCAGCUACCGGAGGAGCAGCAGCAGCAGCAGCAACGUCAGUCGGAUAUACUUGUUUCAUUUGCCUCUGUAGAAGCCAAAGGACCAGCAGCAACAGCAGCAGCAGCACCUGCUGCAGCAACACCUGCUGCAGGCAUCAAUCUAUAUGCAGCUGGUGUGGUGGUAGAUGCGGGCCCUGCAGCGAACAGGGCAGACGAUUCAGGUUUCCCCGCUGCUGCUGCUGCUGCGGCUGCUGCGGGUAGUUUGGCUCUCUUGCCGCAUGCGCCGUCUCGUGAAGCCGCAGCAGCAGCAGUGGGAGCUGCUGCUGCUGCUGCUACGCCUGAAGACAGGACAGUUCCUGCAGAUGCUGCUGCUGCUGUGGGCCGCCCUAAGGAGGCAACGAUGCUUGCGGAGGGCGACUUAGCUGCACGUGCUGCUGCUGCGACACCUCUUGUUGCAGCCCCUGCUGCUGCUGCUCAAGCUGCGGCAGACUCUGCUGUUGCAGCUCCUGCUGCUGUAUCUGGAACAGCUUAUGCAACCCCCGCCUCUGCAGCUUCUGCGCUGCCUCCCUUGCCUUGUCCCGCUCCAGCUGCAGAACGGCAGCAGCAGCAACAACAACAACAGCAGCAGCAACAGGAGGGCGAUGAGGGAAGGACCGAAGAUGUUGGAGGCGCAGCAAAGCCAGCAGCAGCAGCAGACACUGCAGGGACAGCAAUUGCCGCAGCAGCAAUAGCAACAGCAGCAGCAACAGCAACAGCAGCAGCAGCAGGACCGGCAACAGGGCAGGUCCUUGCUGUACGGCUCCCCGACGGUCGCCUCCUUCAUGUGGCUCUUCCUCCUGAUGCUGCUGUUACUUCUGGAGCAUUCGUGCCUGCUGCUGCUGCAGCAGUGCUGCAGGCUGAAGGUGCAGCAGCAACAACAGAAACAGCAACAGCAACAGCAGCAGCGAUCCCCGCAUCAACGGUCUUACCGGCAACUCUCGCUGCUGCUCCGCCCCAAGGCCCCGCUGCUGCUGCUGCGCCGCACAAGGCCAAGCCGCCGGGACCCCCCCCAAAAGGCCGCCUGCCCCCUCCUAAGGGGAAUCCUAAACCAGCAGCAGCAGAAGCAGCAGCAGCAGCAACAGCAACUUCAGGAAAAGCGACGCCUCCUAGAACAAAGGGCAAGGCGCCGGGGCCGCCACCUGCAGGUCGACCUCCCACGGCAGCGAAAGGCAAAGCGCCAGCAGCAGCAGCAGCAGCAGCAACUGCAACAGCAGCAGCAUCGGUUAGCAAGGCCAAGGCCCCGGGCCCGCCUCCGCCUGUGCCUAAAGCAAAGGCUGUGGGGCCCCCACCGAAGGGGCCUCCCGCAGGACGUCGCCCUCCGCCUCCUAAAGCAGCAGCAGCAGCAGCAACGGCGGCAUCCGAAACAGCAGCUGCAGCAGCAACAGCAGCAGUACCAGGGGAGAAGGAUGCUGCGCCGGAACCAGCGCUGCCGUUGGGCCGCAAGAUACACUGGAAGGCUCUAACGGGGGAUAAAAUUCACGGUACAGUGUUUAGUGAGAUGCCUGCUGUGGGGCCCCUGGGGCCCUCUGCCUUAGUGGACGGCGCAGCGCUAAGCAGGCUCUUCUCCCGCACGCAGCCAGCAGCAGCAGCAGCGGCAGCAGCAGCAAAACGCCCCAGCAAGAAACCCCAAGUGCAGCAAACCAAAUUCAUCUCAAGUAAACGCGCACAAAACGUCGCCAUCGUCCUUGCAAGACUUUCUAUAUCCACCGAGGAAGCAGCACAACGGCUACAGCGCCUUGACAGCAGCGGGCUGUCUCUUGAGUUGCUGGAGAGGAUUGAGGAGGUCUGUCCUUUGCCUGAGGAGAUCGAGUGUUUUCAACCCUUCCUACAAAAGCAGCAACAGCAGCAGCAGCAGCAGCAGCAGCAGGGGGCAGGAGAGGCCCCUGUACCUCCGUUGAGGGACGUAGAGGCGGCGAUGCUGCCUCUUGCUCGUCUUGCUGCUGCUUCAUCUCGCGUGCGGAUACUCCGCUUUGAUUUGCUGGCCCCAAAGACAAUUAAAGAAGUGGAAGAUGCAAUCAACUUAGUAGACAGGGCAGCAGAACAGGCGCGCAGUAGCCGCAAGUUUCGCGUGCUGCUGCAAGCGGUGCUGCAGUGGGGGAACUACGUAAACCACGGUGUCCGUUUGGCUGCAGCAGCAGAGGAGACGCAGGAGUCUCAGGGUGCAGCAGCAGCAGCAGCGGGAGCAGGAGCAGCAGCAGCAGCAACAGCAGCAGCAAGUGCUGCUUCUGUUGAGUGUCUCCCCACAAGGGGAUUCGCCCUAACGUCUCUCUUAAAGCUUAUGGAAUUUAGGAGUACAGUUGAUAGCCGCCUCAGCUCCCUACACUACAUCCUUGUUAAUCUGAUGGCUUCCUUACCAGACUUGCAGUUAGAGCGGCUGCCUGAAGAGAUGCCAUUGGUGGAGGAGGCGGCGCGGCUGACGGACGAGGCGUUGGAUGCUGCUGCUGCGCUGCUGCAGCGGGAGACGCAUUUUUUGCUGCAGCAGAUUCAGCAGCAGACAAGCGCUCAGGGGGGCCCCUGGGGGCCCCCAGAGCUAGAACGCCUCAGGCGCCUCCAUGGAGAGACGGUGCUGGGAUUCGAACGCGUGCGACAGCGAUAUGCAGCAAGCAAGGAGCGGGUGAUGGAGUUGGCGCGUUUCUAUGGAGAGGAGCCGCAGCGGCUGAGUGCUGCUGCUGCUGCUGCUGUUGCUGCUGCAGCAGGAGAGGGCUGGGGAGGCCUCAUGCAGGCCUCCCCCUUCUCCACUUUGGCUGCUAUUCUCGUUACCUUUAAACAAACACUCAAAGAUAUUCAGCAGCACCCCAAGCGAUACGCAGUGCUGCUCGCCACGAGCAGCAGCAGCAGCAGCAGCAGCAAGGAGGGCAGCAGCAAGAAGACGGGAUCCGACUCCGGGGAGAAGGACGCGGCUGCCAGUGUUGCUGCAUCAGAUAAGGAUGGGGGCGGGUCUACUGCUGCUGCAGACGGCACGGAUGCUUCAAAACGCACAGCAGCAACAGCAGCAGCAGAAACAGCACGGCCAGCCUCUGUUGAGUCUGAGCUGCAGAGCCAAUUGAUGCGCAAGUGCAGCGUUCCAAACCCAACUCCUGCUGCUGCUUCUGCUGCUGCUGCUGGGUCUCCGAAGACAGAGAACAGCCAACAUAUCUCCGCGCUGUCUCCUCAUCAAGAGCGUCUGCAACUGCCGAGGCGCAGCUCGAGCUGCUUUGCUCUUGCUUCCUCCCUCCAGCGGCGGCCUGUCUCGCAGCAGCAGCCGAAACAGCAGCAGAAGCAGCAGGAGCAGCAGCAAACCCAGCCUCCAGUGGCAGCAGAACAGCUGGGGCACAGUGUUUGUCAGCAACCCCACCAACACACCGUUGCUGUAGCUGUGCGUCUGCCUGCGGGGGCCCCCCUGAAGGAGAGUGCUGCUGCAGAGAAAGGUAUCGAGUGCUUCCGGGGCCCCGCUGCUGGUGCUACUACUACUGCUGCUGCUGCUGCUGCUGGUAAUCGGGCCUCGUUGCAUGCUCUUAUUGAUGAACCCUCCUUUGCUGCUUUGGAUGUAGCGGCCUCUAUCAAUAAGGCGCUUUUUAUUCAAGAUAUCUGCGCCGAGCAAACACAAACAGAAACUGCAGCAGCAGCAGCAGCAGCAGCAACUGCAGCAGCAACAACUGCAGCAGCAACGUCUGCAGCAGCAGCAACUGCAACAGCAACAACUGUGCCGGAAGCUGCUGCGGCGGACGGCCAACAGCAAGACGAGGCGGCACCGUGUUCUGCUGAUGCUGCUACAGAGUCUACCUCGCACCAGCAGCAGCAGCAAGAACAGCAGCAGCAGCAGCAUUCAGCGCCCCCGUCGGUUAGAGGUCCGUUUUUUCCUCCUCGAGUAGUGCCGAGGCACUGGAAGCAGCAGCAGCAGCAGCAGCAACAGCAGCAGCAGCAGCAGGGAAUCAUUCCGCGCAGCAAGGUCCCGCUGGUGCUGAGGCCGCGGCCGCCGCCUCCUGCGUUUGUGCGUGGAGAGCAGCGUGUCUUAGGGCCCUUUAGGGGCCCAAAAGCACAGCAGCAGCAACAGCAGCAACAGCAGCGGCAGCAGCAGCAGCAGCAACAGGAAGAGCAACAGGAACAGCAACAGCAGCAGCAGCAGCAGCAGCAACAGCAGCAGCAACAGCAGUAG